GUUGGCUACCCUAAGUGCCUUGCGUCGACUAAACUUGAUAGAUUUUAAGAUUUCGACACAUAGUCGGCUUUCGGUUGUACAGUGAAAUGCAACACAUGUCAUGCUAAAAGCAAGAGACUAACUUGGGGUCAAUUUAGGCGGAAAAAUGAUUGCUUUUAUCGACUAAAAGCCGGGCAGCCAAACUCGUAAUCAUUGCAGAGCGAUUCAGUCAGCUCUACAAUAAGUCGGAUUAACUUUCCUAUUUCAGGACGGAAUAACUACUCUACGUGAUAUCUAGCUAAUACCAAGGAAGUAAACACGGAGGCAAUGGAAAGAGAAUUUAUACCAGUUCCAAUAGAUUUGAAAGCCCAUAUCAUCGGUAGGCAUCGAAGUGUGAUAAAUGAAAUGAUGACGAGAUCUGGAGCCAUAAUUGAGCCUGGGAGAAGAGAACAUGCAGGAUUUAUAGUCAGUGGACGCCCUGAGGAAUUAGAAGUGGCGAGGCAGCUUAUUUCAGAAAAAUUGGAGGAGUUGAAUAAUAAUUGGGAUGAACUGGUAGAAAUUCCAAACUCAUACAAAGGCAGAGUAAUUGGAAAAUAUAGAGCUACUUUACGCCAGAUAGAGACCCAAACAGAAGUUAAACUUAUUGUGAAGGAUGGAGAAGUGUAUAUAGUCCGUGGAACGCAUCAGCAACGGCGACAUGCAAAAAUGAACAUCGGAACAAUUGUGGCUGGAGCAAGAUUGAAGUAUUUUGAAAACGAAUUUUACAAAGUUCGCGCUUACGUCGAUGGUUGUCAUCUUCCUGCAAACUGUAAACUCAAGCUUCAGGAGGUGCAAAUGGAAGAUCGCAUGGCGCUUCCAGGGUCUGAGACACAGUAUCGACUCGAACUAGCUGAGCACUGCGAGAGUAAGAAUUUGCACCAUGACCGAAAUGACACCGUGUACCAAUCCGAUCUUAAAGACGAAGUUUUGAUGUCCUUACGCAAGAUUAAAGAUAACAGGGAGACAGAUGAGAGUCCGAAAGCCGAUAUGUGGUGUCAUUUGGGGACCUCUAUUAUAAGAGUUCGUGAGGAAGACGAUAUUGGUCAAAAAACGUGGGACAUCGAAGAGAUAGCAGAAAAUUUUCAAAGGCCUGAUUCAGGAGAAAAAAUGUUUUGGAAAGUUUCUUUUAGAGAGCGAGAUGAUAUUCCUGAGGACAUCUUUAAAAGAACUGGCCUCAAAGAGAUCACCGAAGACAAUGAAUACAUCUCCAGAUAUGACCUAACAUAUCUGACGCCUUGUUUUAACCAACUUAGAUGUAAGGUGUGGGUAGCAAAGAGUAGCGUAAAGAAAAGGCUGGAAGAUAUACCAAUUCCUUUUAGUGACGUAAAGAAUGUCUUAGAAGAGAUCCAAUUUGAAGAUGAAACAAUGCAAUCACGCUGUCGUGGAUGGCUGGUACUUAAAUCUAGAAAAUAUUUACAGACCGACAUUCUUUUUCCUGGUUGCGAGCUAGACUGCAGGUUCACGAUGCGUGGGCGAACAGAUCGUACUGCUAUUAGAGGAGACGUACCCGAAAUCGAAGUGAGACGUGCUUUGUCUACAUACUUGUCCCGAUUAACUUUGACAGAUGAGGAUGCCUUCGGAUUACGUCUCCCAGAUCACGAUUUCCCUGACGGAUUCCACUUACUUCAUAAGCGAUGUUGUCAGCGAAAAAUGUACAGCACGCGUCCAGGAUUCUUUGCCAUACUUUCUCAGGAAGAUUCAUGGUGGAUUGACCCCCUAGGAAAUGAAAGAAGCAGAAAAUCGACUGACCUCCACUUACACAGCGAAGAGUGUGAUAAACUCCUAAAUGGGACAGACUGGGAACCGGAAGUAAUUGCUCAGAAACUGCCUGAAUUUAUUCAAUUUGUAAAGGAAAUUCAAGGCUUUGUCGUACGGGAGAUGAACGGAUAUGGAUCCACAAGAACAGUUCCUCCAGAGAUUCGUGCUCGUGGUCCUGAAGCUCUAGAAGCCUACAAAGAUGCCCUGGCCGAAGGUCAAACUUGUGUAAAGCGAGUGCCGUUGAUGUUCGUUGGACAAGAUCGGUCUGGAAAGACUAGCGUGAAGAAGUCCUUGAAAGGGAUUAGUUUCAACCCAGAUGAAGAUAGCACCGUAGGCAUCGAAGUCGAUACCUAUGAUUGUAAAGUAACCACAGAAGUGUGGAAGACAGGAAAAAAAGACUUACGCGAAAACUUUGAUGAAGCAUCUUUUUCUUUUGAACAUAAUACAGCUAGGUGGAUUGCAGAUAAAUUAAUGGAGGAAGAGAACGUUGCUAACGUUCGAGGAAGAGGUAGUACCUUGUCAGAAAAUUAUGAUGACUUCGAAGAAACUAACACUUUGGAGGAAAGAUACCCCAGUGAGACUGCAAGUUACACGGAACCAUCGGGGUCUCCUACAAAUCGAGCAAACGUUCAUCCUUCACUCGGUGAACCUUCUUUAACAACAAGAGGAGAAUAUAAUCUAACUCCAACAAAGUACGACGAUGACGUACUCAACAGUACCUCAGGAGAAGUGCCGGAGGGCAUUGCAAAGUUAAUUUCACAGUUCCUUCAAGAUGAUUGGAAAGACGAUAGAGGAGAUAUUUACUCAAUUACGUGGGACUUUGCUGGACAGUCUGUUUACUACGUGACACACCCACUUUUUCUUACAAGAAGAGCAAUCUACUUUUUGGUUUAUGACUUGAGUAGAAAUCCAAGCGACAAAGCCAUACCCCUUGUGAAGCAAGGAGUCUACAGAAAAAUUGAAGAUAAAUAUAAUCUAAAAACGAAUUUUGAUUACCUAGAGUUUUGGAUGAGUUCUUUGGCCUCCUUAAUGGAACAAAAAAAUCGCCCGCAAAGCUCCGAAAAGGAGGUACUUCCAAAGAAGCUUCCAGCUGUUUUCCUGGUGUGCACUCAUGCUGACAAACCAUAUUGUAACCGUAAUCCUUUUGCACUAGCCAAAGAAAUAUUUGGCGAUUUAAAAGCCAAGCCAAAUGGUGCCCACUUGUUUGACGUGUUUUGUGUUGAUAACACUGUGUCAGGCUCUGAGUUCGAAUGUCAAGAAAUCAUGCGAUUGCGGGAGAAGGUACAUGAAGUUGCUACGGAGUUACCACAUGUAAAUGAAGCUAUUCCGAUCAAGUGGUUGAAAUACGAAAAUGCGCUUCGCGUGAUCAAGGAAAAUGAUCGCAAAUUCAUCUCUCUCGCAACUGCAAAAGAGAUUGCUUUCAAAGUUUGCAAGAUAAACAAAAACAAUGAGAUAGUAACUUUGUUAAACUUUUUGCACGAUCUCCGAGUUUUGAUCCACUUUGAUGACUCUCCAGAAUUGAGUGAUUUAGUCAUCUUGGAUACCCAAUGGCUGAUUGACGUAUUCAAAAGUGUAAUAACCGUCAGGUCCUACGAUUCGGAAGAGAAAAACUUUGCUGAUCUUUGGCUCAAACUCGAAAAAGAGGGAAUCCUGGAAGAAAAACUUCUCAAACAUGUUUGGAAUUCUUUGAUUCCUCAGAAAGAAACUCACGAAACCCUUAUUGCAAUUAUGGAGAAAUUCAGCUUGUUGUGUCCAUGGCCAUCGUCACAGGACUCAUGCAACAAGCAUUAUCUGGUGCCAUCAAUGCUGCGGACGAAUCCACCAAAAAUGAUUAGUAGUCUCGUUGAAUCUGCACAAAUUCCCUCUCUUUUUCUCAAAUUUGAUGCAGGUCAGGUCCCUCCAGGUUUAUUUCCACGAUUUGUGUUAGAAUUCUUUCUGUGGUGUAGAAUAGAAUUUCCUCGCUCAGUACCGCCCCAAAUUUACAACAAUUUUGCUAGAUUUUACAUCUUCCCUGACCAAGGCCUCUCGAUUGUUCUCCUUUGCCACUCUUCUGCGAUUGAGGUCAUUGUAGUCAGUGUAAAUAGUGAAAUUGGUAUGGUUGAUAUGGCCUCAAUUCGAGUUUUUCGUAGCCAACUAACCUUGAUGAUAGAUCGCAUCUGGAACAAGUUCUUCUGGGUGAAGAACGUUGCAUGUAGGGUAUGUUUCCUAUGUCCCAUCUGUUCCCAUGGACGCAUGGUCAGCUUCUGCACACAGCAUUUUAUAGAAAAUUGUGAGCAAGAAGAUUGCCUCCACUUCAUUUCAGAGUCAGAUUUUGACAAUAAAACACCGCAGGUUCUUUGCAAAAAAUUUGCAACCGCUCAGGAUAACCGAAUUCAGGCUGAAGACUUUGCUCCCUGGAUUUCUCUUAGUGAGGACAAGGUGGUGACUGGUCAACGUGAUGAGAGACCUAUUUUGAAAGAUAGAGCCGAGGAGAAGUCAACUGAGUUACGUCACGAAGCAGUAACAUCUCUUCAGCUAUCAACACUCGUAAGCACUGAGGUGGAAAGGAUUUUAGUACCAUCUUUGGCAGGAUCUUGGCAAAUGCAGCCCCUAUUGAGUGAUCAGUUCCAGUUAGGAACUAAGAAACUACAAGAUGCUGUGAACACAAGCAAAUGGCGCGAAGAAAGUACUCUUGAGUUACCCUCCGGUAUUCGCGAGUUUCUGCAAUUAAAGUCAGAACAUUCCGAAACAGUUGUGGCUAAACUGUUGCAACAUCUUAAGCUUGAUGAUUCUUCGUUCAAAGAUCCACUGGCAGAACAUAAGACUGAGGCAAAAAAGUGGAUCCGUUGCCUUAUGAGAGAGGCAAAGUGUCUUAAUAGGACUGACGUAGCCGAAUACUUGAGAAAAACCAUGCCAGCAGGGACAACAGGUCCUUUACUUGAAGAGUGUUGCAAUGUUCUGGAAAUUCCCAUUCGCCUGAAAACUGAUCUCGCUGUGCGUUUGUGUGGAGGCGAUGAGUGGAAGAUUGUCGCAGAGAAGCUGGGCUUUCAAGAUUCGCAUAUCCGUUGUCUCGACAAUCGUUUUAAAAAUCCAUUUGCAGUUAUUUUGGAAAACUGCUCCAUGAUGUGUGUGGGCCAACUCUACAACGUGUUAGUAGACUGCGGGUUUCCCUUAAUCGCGGACUUGUUGUAAUAGCACCAAACCUAAGCCUACCAACUGCCUUGUCAUAGUUGAGCGCACUUACUUAAGAGUAUGAUCAAGCGGCGGAUUAUUAUUCAUUGUUUCAGUCAUGCAGUUAGGUAUAUUUAUUUUGUCGUGAAUUAAAACUUGAUGAUAAAAUGUGUCAGAGCUGAAUGUGCGCAUUUUUUUCUGUCAUAGAAAUAUAUUUGUAAAAAGGAUGGACCAAUAGGCGUUCUUAGUGUCCUCCUCGAAGUGAAUUUCGGAAUAAUUAACUCAAAACUGUUGUCAAGACAAAUCGUACAUCAACCUUAAGCUUGAAAUUGUAAAUAGUUAAGGAAUUCAGUCUACUCAAGUAACAGCUAACUAAUUUUCACAAAGAAAAUUUUCAUGUAGUGAUUUAAUUCGAAAAGGAGGCUUUCAGUCAGCUUUCCGCCAGAAGCUAAUGAUGAAUUUUCAGAAGAAUUCGGUGAAGAAAAAGAGUCUGUCCUUCUUUUGUUUUGAAAGCGAUACUUCCCUAACUCGCAUCAACUUCCCCUAAAGAAACUCUUCUGGGGAAUAACUAGAUCUUUAAAGAAGGAUUAUCCCGAAAAAAAUGUAGCAAUUGCCACUUCUUUUUUCCUAUCAGGUUCAUUCUCUUAAGGUAUCAUUGAGAUAUUGUUGGUUGAAAACAACUUUAAAUGGACAAAAUAGGUUUGUUCUGAUGGAUUUGUGCUGUUAUGCGUUAUGACAUUUUUGCACACUCUCAUUUAUAUUUAUUUAUUCAUUAUUUAUUUUCUAACAAACCAUGAAUGUUUUUUCAACAACGACUUUAUCAAUUCAUAAGUAGUAAGUUUUUGUUUUUAUUGUCCCCUACUCAAUUAAUACCACCAUAAUUAGUGACGGAUCCAGACCUUGAGCUAAGCCGGGGUGGAGGAGCGGGGGUUGGUCGUGUAUACCUCCCCAAUUCCCAAAUAUCAGCCACUAAUAUUGCAUAUAAUUGAGUAGGAGACAAAUUAUAAAUGUACAAAAAUUAAUGUACGAUGACAGUUCUUCUUGUCCUGUCACAUACACUAUCCCCCCCCCCCAAAAAAAAAAAAAAAAACGAAAUUAGAUUGCAGGGAGUGAAAGGGAGAUGGAAGGAAAUGAUUAACAAAAAUGUGCUUAUGGGAUAAUUGGUUAUACCGUACAUGAAGAAGUAUUGUCCAUUUCGCUGGAAAAUAUUAUCUCGGGCUAAGUAGACAGUUAACAAGCAGCAAAUGUCAAUUAGAAGAGAGAGUUUUAGCAAACAAGUUUUCAUGGUGAACGGUCUUCACUGUUAAAACUGAUACAAUAAAAUAUUCCAUUAUUUCCA